AUGCAGACAUACCUUCUUUCCCAGAAAUUUAGCGCUAGGUCUUUGGCAGAAAACUCUACGGCUUGUCCAGCAAAUGCUACUGUUUGCAAUGGCACCUCUUGUGUGUUACCAGAAGAUAAUUUUAAUGAAACUUUGAGCAUAAUUUUAAGUUCUGUUCUAACAGUCAUGCUGGCUUUGGUGAUGUUCUCCAUGGGUUGCAAUGUGGAACUUAAGAAAUUCUGGGGCCACAUAAAAAGACCCUGGGGUAUUUUUGUGGGUUUCCUUUGCCAGUUUGGAAUUAUGCCUCUCACAGCCUUCUUGUUGUCCCUGGUCUUUAAUGUGCUUCCUAUUCAAGCUGUUGUGGUGCUGAUCAUGGGAUGCUGUCCAGGGGGCACAGCCUCCAAUGUCAUCGCCUACUGGGUAGAUGGAGACAUGGACCUAAGCAUCAGCAUGACAACUUGCUCCACGCUGCUUGCAAUGGGGAUGAUGCCACUUUGCCUCUUUGUUUACACCAAGAUGUGGACUGAUUCUAACACAAUUGUACUCCCCUAUGACAGCAUUGGAAUUUCACUGGUAGCUCUUAUAAUUCCGGUUUCGUUUGGCAUAUAUGUUAACCACAGAUGGCCUAGUAAAGCAAAAAUCAUACUUAAGAUUGGUUCCAUUGUGGGAGCGAUCCUCAUCGUGCUCAUUGCUGUUAUUGGGGGAAUACUCUACAAAGGCUCCUGGAUUAUCUCACCCAAAUUAUGGAUCAUUGGCACCAUAUUUCCAGCAGCUGGCUAUUCUCUAGGAUUCUUUCUGGCCCGCGUAGCUGGUCUGUCUUGGCACAGAUGUCGUACAGUGUCUCUGGAAACAGGCAUGCAAAACACUCAGCUAUGUUCAACUAUAGUACAGCUCUCAUUCACUCCUGAACAACUCGAGCUGAUGUUUACUUUCCCGGUCGUCUACAGUAUUUUCCAGCUGCUGUUUGCACUACUAAUUUUAGGAGGCUACCGUCUUUACAGAAGACACCGGGUCAAAACAAAGACAGAUGUUGAGAAAACAGAGGAAAAAGAAGAUUCAAAAUCAACGUCAUCACAUGCUAAAAUAAAUGGAGGAUUUGUGUCAAAUGAGACCAAAUAG